UGCAAGGGAUUCAUAACGCGCCUCCUGUCUUCAUAAUCAUAACUUUAAUAUCAACGAAAGACUUCAAAAACAAACUGGCUUCUGUAACCGCUUCAUUUAAAUAAUGCAAGAGACAAGUGUAAAUCGCGCAGUCCCGCGAAAUGUGACCUUGAUUUGUGAGCAUGAAGUUUGGGUCUGUUAAUGAGGUGGAGAUGAAGAGCUCCACAGGACUCUCCUCCUCACUCUCACUUCAGUGAUGCCGCCGCUGAGUCCAGCACAUCGCUUUCUGCUCACUUCAAGCAACGCAGAUCGUUCCUGCUCUCUUCAUUUGCGCCUGUAAUCAGAUCUAUCACCGGGAAUCCUUUUUGCGCAUUAUAUUUCUUUACUUCAGCGCAUUUGGAUUCAUAAUGCCUGGACUGAAGUUGAACGGUGCGCUGAUUUUGUGCGUCCUGAUGCUGCCGUUCUCUCGGCCGAACACUCAGGUGCUGGACUGUCGCGAAGUGCGCUCCUCUUUUCAGUUUUUGUACCCGGGGAUGAAAUGGACCCCAGAAACGCCAGUCUCAGGCUCAGAUCUGCAGGUGUGCCAGCCGAAAGGCCUGACAUGCUGUUCUCGCAAAAUGGAGGAGCGCUACCUGCUCAUUGCCAAACAGAAUAUGGAGUCCAGUCUCCAGGCCACCAGCGCCCAGCUCAAAGUUCUCAUCAUUCAGAAUGCCGCCCUCUUUCAAGAGGCUUUUGACAUGGUGCUUCGUCUGGGUCGUAAUUCCACUCUGACACUGUUACGGGAAGAGUUUCCUGGUUUGGGGGCUGGAGCCAGCGGAGCCGUCACACAGUUAUUCCUGGAAAUGUCUCUCUACAUCCUGGGCUCGGAUGCUAACGUAAACGACAUGGUCUCCACCUUUUUCUCCCGCCUUUUUCCUUUCACCUACCGGCGUCUGCUUGGAAACGGAGCAGUGGCUGGCAUCUCAGAAGAAUGCCUUCGUGGGGCGUGGAAGGGAACCUCUGCAUUCGGGUCGUUUCCAAAGAUGAUGAUGACCCGGCUGUCUCGCUCACUCCUGGCUACUCGGGUCUUCCUGCAAGCACUGAACCUGGGCAUCGAAGUGGUCAACACCACCCAGCACCUACGUGCGGGCAGGGACUGCGGGCGCUCGCUGUUGAAGCUCUGGUACUGCCCGCACUGUCAAGGCCUGCUGGAGGCCCGGCCGUGCCGCCCGCUGUGUGUCAGCACCAUGGGGGCGUGUCUGGGGGGAGCGGCGGAGGUGCAGCCUCACUGGAGGGCGUACGUGGAGGAGCUGGGGUCACUCGCCGCUGCCAUGAAGGGGGAGCAGGACAUCGAGGCCGUGGUGCUCAGACUGCACGUCAUUAUCAGACAGGCUCUCAAACAAGCCGUGGCGGCCAAAAGCAAAGUCAGCGCACAGGUGAGCGGGAUAUGUGCACACGCACCCCCGCGGGUGUCUCGUGCCACGACGCUGUCGGCAGAACACGCGGCUGCCUCGUCGGUGCCCCACAGUCGCCCUACGGUGAACUUUGACCCUGAUGAGACCCUCUUUGGACGGCGCAGGGAGUUUAUCUCAGGUCUGAGGGGCUUCAGUCAGUUCUACAGCGGCCUUGGAGAAGCUCUGUGCAGCAAAGAGCCGGUGGCACUCAACAGCUCCCUCUGCUGGAACGGACAGGAGAUGACAGACAAGUUUCCUGGUCCAGGGCUGAAGAAAGUUCCACACGGCUCAGAAUCCAGACAAAAACCUCCUGAACCCGUCAUCAGCCAGAUCAUCGACAAACUCAAACACAUUAAUCAGCUUUUGCGGAUGGUGACGUUGCCUGAAAAGCGAUGGAGGGCUCGACCAGGAGGGGGCGCUGCAAAGAGAGACCCAGCCGGACAGGGCCAGGCAGAUGAGGAUGAGGAGGGUCUAGAAAGUGGGGACUGUGAUGAUGAAGAUGAGUGUACGGGUGUUUCUGGACUCGGGCCUCCCCCCAGACGCAAACGCCUGCGCAUCUUUGCAGACUUGGCGGACAACUUGGCAAUUGACGACUUAACGCUUCACGAGUUGCUCCUGACACCCAGACUGGCCACAGACACCCACGGCGGCGCAUCCGUACCUGGAGCGGCACACGUUCCUAGUGCAACCUUCAUCUUCACCAUCAUCAUCAUCUUCGUAACAUUAGGUCUUCAGUGAUCACGCCUGUUUGAAGACGCCACUGAAGCUCACGUGUACAUAAAGCUCCACGAUUUUGGCCAAGUACAAGAACCUUUCCUCUUCUCAGCCUCAAGUCUUACUAUACGAACCUCUUCUUUUCUAUACUUUGUGCGGACGUGAGGAUCGACAUCGUGUGAACGCUCAGACUAUGAACUCAUUCUUCUACAGCAUGAAGAGCAUUCUUAUACAUACAAGAAUCAUGUUUGUAUGCCACACAACAGCCAUGUGUUUUACAUUGAGCAUCGCCUCCCCUCUGCUAUACACAUGCAGUUUUACACAAAGGCCAAAGCCUUCUGGAGGAAAAGGAGCUAAAUCGCUUUUGAAAAGACAAAAGGCUCAGCUUUUUGUGAGUGAAUGGGCACACUUAAGGAGAAGGAAGCGUGACUGACAGUCUGAGAACACGUACGAGCACUCUAGCGUCUCUCAUGCAUACACUGCAGUGAGCUUCUCCUCUGCCGCUCAUUUCCUGUGCAGUAAAUGACCCUUGGAGCAGAGGACAUCAAGGCAUCGGCAUGUCGUUGUGAAACUCUCUCCUUACAGAACGACACAGCUGUACUUCAUUUACAAAAAAAUGCUUUUAAACUGUUUUAUUAGAAUGCUGACUUUCCCUUUUCAGAAAUUGUGGUAUUUUAUAAUCUCUCUUUGAUUUCGUCGCUCAUUAUCUCUCUUCCUUUUUCUUUCAUUUCCUCUAUUCUUGUAUUAUAAUCGUGUGAUUAAAGCGCUCUCUUAAAUGGACACCCACAGAACUUCCUGUGUUUUCCCUCCCUCCUUUCGCAGGUCUCUGUAGCAUUUGCAUUCAACGAACGACAGAUUUGUGCGUCGGUAAAGUUUUCUGUUUCUGGACAUCUUCAUGUACAAAGGGCUAAAGCUGUCAUUUCAGAUCAGAGUUGGAAAACUAGUGUUUGCACACUGUUUUCCUUUCAUAACCUGUGACGUAAUUCAUUACUGAUCUCUGUACAGUGCUCAAAGGCAUGUCAUCAUCUGUUACAUAUGUUUUAAACAAACCGAAAGAAUCAGCUUCAUUGUGUUAAACGCCCCCAAACUGGAAUGAGACACAGUGUCCUGCGAGUUUUCAGAUGAUUACCAAUUUCAAAUCAUACUUUUUUUUUGAUGUUGUAUUAUUUCAAAGCACUUAAACUCAAAGUCAUUUUGAAGAUGAAGAGUGUAAUGUAUUUAUUUAUUUAUAGUGUGUUUGAGCCUUCUUUCCCUGCUUCCCAUGAAACCCAUCCAAAUCCAUUUGUAGUUCCACUUCCUCAAAGAUUGUAAACACUGGGCUUUUUCAAAACACUGUUUGUUUGAGUGGUCUUGUCAACUUCUGAUUUAACCAGAGACUU